ACACUUUUCAUAUGUUUUGCUUUGACAAACAAUUAUCAAUCUUUUUAUCUUGGUUUAAAUGUAGUUCCUACCUCUAACAUACAGCAUUUAUAAUGGUUUAUGAUGAACGCAGCGAUGGAAGCAGCUCCAGUGAUGCCCACGACAGCUCUCAACGCAGCAUGUCCACGAAAAUGGGAGCUCAGCAGGUCACAAUGCCCAAGCACAUUCCGUUUCCGGAGCAUGCAACCACAUCCGAGUGGUUGAGCGAGUUAAUCAUGUGCGCCUUUACGAUGGGUGCAGCCAUAGUGCAAUUUAUAAAUAUUUACCGCACCAAUUGGUGGCUACCAGAGCUGCAUACACGCCAUAUGGUGAACAUUGAAUUAAUUGAUCCCUAUUUGCGGUAUCUGAUACUCAUACUGAACACACGGCGCUUUCUCUACUGCAUGCUGCUAUCCAAGUGGAAAAGCAAUGAGCGACGCUUGCUGCGGUUGGGCAUUAAGUAUGGCUUCGGUGGACUUGUUCAGGCGGCUCUUGGUUAUUGUGCGCUGAGAUUAUAUCAGCAGCACUCUUAUAUGUUGCUCUUUUAUCUCAGCUAUCCAGUUGUGGUUUAUCUAAUCAUCUUUGGCUUCCAACUGGAGCCCUUCAUGCGCACCCGUUUUGAGCUGCCCGGCGUCUACAUCAAUGACAUGCCCGUUCACAGCUGCACAACGAAUGCCAUUCAAAUUCGGGAUGAGAUUGAAACGUUGAGGCACGAUUUCAACAAACGCUUCAAGCAGUUGAUUUUUACGUGCAUGCUGAAUGCAUAUUUGGUUCUUAUUCCUUGUCUGCUAGCGCUGAGCGUCCAGUACAAUGUCAUGCGUGCGGCUCAGCACUGCAUCAUCGUCUGCUUGGGAGCUUUCAGCUUGAGCGCAGUCUUUCUUUAUCCAGCUAAAUACAGCGAUACGCUGCAUCGCGCCACUUUACACUUGGGCAGUUGGCAGCGCAUGGAUCGAGAUCCACAGGCGGCGCCGUCGCAGCUGAUUGUGGCAGCAAAUGCGCAGACUUGGUCGAAAUACGCUGUCUAUGGCCAUGCGACGGUGGUUAAGCAUAAUGGUGCUCUCUAUCGCAGCCAUGGUCUAGUCACAGUGGCGACGCCAGGAAACGCGAGUCACGUCCGUUUCUACAAAUUGUUCCACAAUCCCACCAUCAUUUACUCUACACUGGCUACUUUUCAGGGAGUUGUGCUGCUGGUGGAGAUUGCCUCGUUGAGCGCGGCCAACAUUGAAUGGCACUUUGUGCUGUCUGUCAGUUUUGUGGCCUUCACUAGCAUGGUGGCCUUCUUCAAGCUGGUCAGAGAUUAUCUAAUUACCAAACACCUAUACAAGGCAGAAUGUACAUCUAUUUACAAUUAA